UCUCAGCCUCAGCCUCCUCCGUGCUCUCUCGCCUCAGCCUCUCUCAGCCUCUCCAUUUAUCUCCUGCGAUUGUCGGCGGUGGAGUCCCCAAAAUUUCUGUUCUCUCAGUGUCGGCGGCGGACUCCCUCUGGUUGGAGCUCACAAUCUCUGCGUCUUUUCAGAGCAGAGUCUUGGCGAAAUGGUAGAUCACUUGGUCUCUCUCCAGAAAUUCAUAGGAACCCACUUGAACGAGCUUGAGAUUAAGGAGACCCGCGUGAAAAAACUCCUUAAAGAACUCGAAUCCAAGGAGAAAGAGAUCGAUUUGGUCCGAAACUUUGAUUUCAGUUUUGGGUCUAUGGCAGGCAUGAACGGGAAAGAAUUGUUGGGUUUCUUGAGUGGGUACAUGGGUCAGCAAGAAAAGCUGCAUGAUGGCAUUUUCCAAGCGCUUAAAUCGUGUGAAGAACCGGAAAAAUUGGUUCUUGAUGCGGUUAAAGAGUUUUAUUCCGAGAACGGGGAAAUGGAUAUUGGAGGAGGGACUGUUUGGAAGAGAAGCUGUGUGGUUUUGCUGGAGCAGUUGAUGAGGCUGAGGCCCAAAAUUGUGCCUCCGGAUGUGAAGGCGGAGGCGGCGAUAUUGGCCCGAGAGUGGAGGGAAAAGAUGAAAAUGGAGGAGGGACAAAAGGGUCUUUUGGAGGUCUUGGGGUUUUUUUUGCUUUUGGGUGCCUAUGAAUUAGUUGGUGAGAUUGAUAUUGGUGAAAUGUUAAGUGUUUUUGUGAGUAUUGGGCAGCAGAGUGAACAAACUGAAGCCAGUGAGUUGGAAAUAGAGCUUGGUCUAGCUGGCACAGAUCCGAGUAUGUUUUGGAAGUUUGUAUUGAAUUGUAUUUGUAUAUACAUAAUAAGGUGUUUGCUUCAAUAUCUUUGUCACGGAAAAUAUGUCUUUACACCAUUUGGAAUGCAAAUAUUGAUAUCCAAAUUAUAUUUAGAAUGA